GGUUACCAGCAGCAGAACCUGAGCUGGGUUCUGCUGAUGCUGGGUUCUGCACCAGAACCCGAGCUGCAGAACCCAGCAACCCAGCAGAACCCAGAUCUGGGUUCUGCUGCCUGGGGGAAAAAAAAAAAAAAAAGUGAAACGGGUAAAUUUAUAAUUACAUUUUUAAAAUCUUUUGGUUAUCUUUGGUUAUGUGGAGUGUGCACACCCAGGUAUUGAAUCCGGGUGUGCACCAAUUGUAGUCCUUUUGGUAAAUAUCUCCUCUUUGAUUUUGAAAGUUUUUCAUGUAGGCUAUGUAGCGAUUGUUACAAUUUGUUAAUGAUGUUAUAGGCCAAUAAGUAUUGUUUAUACUCUCAUCAAUAUUAUUAUUGCUUGGGCUACAUAGUUAUUGGCAGAUUUCUAUUCUCAUCAAAUUUGUAGUUGCAAUUUUCAGUUAGAGUUCUGAAAAUGGUCAAGAGGAAGAUUACUGGAGAUUUUCCUUUUAUGAUUCUCAUAUUAGAAGUGAACUGAAGGUAGAAAAAGCUAAAAAUGUUACAUAAGUUAGAAAAGUUAUUAUGCUAAAAUUAUUUAAUGUUUAGAUUUAGUGAUUUAUAGUAGAGUCUUGACUAGUUUACAUGAAUGUAUAUACUAUAUUGAUGUUACAUGAUGAUCAUUGAGUUAUAAAAUUAUUGUACUUUCCUUUUCGUAUUGUUGUAUAAUGAUUUGAAUUGUUUGUUUGAAGCUUAAUCUCCUGUUAUCAACCACAUUUAUAGAUAAAAAUAUAAAUUUUUGGUAUAAUUAAUUUUAGCUAGAAAUCUAUUUUAUUAUUAUUAUUAUUAUUUUUAUUUUUUGCCACAAGCUGAUGUUUGUGGCAAGUAGUUUUACAUUGAGUUUUGGAUAUGAACCUAUUUGCUUCAAUCUCAUCUAAUUUAGCUAUAGAAUUCAAUUUUUUAGGUUAAAUAAUAAAACAGUUUGUUAUGAGUUUUGUUUUCAUAGCUAAAGAGUGAAGCAGUUUGGUAUGGGUUUAGUUUUCGUGGCUAAAGAAUAAAACAUUAUUUACUGCAAGAAUAUUAGUUUUGUGGCAAAAGGUUUAAAACAUUUUGCCACGUACUUAUUAUGCUUGUGGCAGGAAAUAUUAUUCUUAACUAUGGAACAAAUAAAUGCCAUGACUAUUUGUUAGCCACGCCAUUCCUAGGCACUACAAGCUACAAAAAAUAUCUUUAUGGCUA